AUGAAGCAGUUGGGGCUGCUGCACUGCUUGUUCCGGUAUCCGCGCCAGGUAAGCGUGGGCGAGCUGCGCCGGUUCUACCUGGCGCUGAUACUUAUAGGCGAACCGGAGGUUGUGCUGCUCGACGAGCCGACGAUUGGGUUGGACAUAACUGGGCGCAGGUUCGUGGUCGAGCUGCUCCGCGCCUACCGCAACUCGAACGUUACGCUGAUCUUUUCGACGCAUUUCGGCAGUGCUGUGCUGGCGGAGCGGUUAUCCGGGUAUCAAUUCAAGCUGCUACAGACGGAGAUCGCGGAGAAAGGCAAGGCGGUCGUCAUCCGCGACUUGCUGAAAGUCUUCCAUGUUGACGGGCGCGAGGAGGUUGCAGUGAACCAGUUGAACCUGGACCUGUACUACUCGGAAAUUUUCGCGCUGCUCGGGCACAACGGCGCGGGCAAGACCACGACGAUUAACAUGCUGAUCGGUUUGCUGCCCUCUGACGGUGGCGACUACCCGCAAAACUUGUCUGGUGGGCAGAAGCGUCGGCUGUGGCUCGCGUUUGCGCUGAUCAACGAGCCCCGCGUUGUGUUCCUCGACGAGCCGACGUCCGGCGUCGACCCAGUGGGCCGCCACCGUAUUUGGGAAGUCAUCGAGAACGAGCGCAAGAGCGGUCGCUGCAUCGUGCUGACCACGCACCACAUGGAAGAAGCUGACAUUCUCGCGGACCGCAAGGCGCUGAUGACAUCGGGCAAGAUUUGCUGCGUUGGCUCUUCUUCGUUCCUGAAGAAGAACUUCGGCGUCGGCUUUUACUUGGAAAUCCAGCUGCUCAAGGAUAUCACACAAGCAGAGGCGAUGCUGGAUGCUGAUGGUUUCGGAUAG